AUGGGAAACCAACAUUCAAAAAAAUUGAGACGACGAAACUCCAAACAAUUCGCCAAAGAAAUUUCAAGUUCAAGUGCGGAUGAUUAUCCAAAUUCAACGGAUUCGAGUUUUCUCCACGUAAAUGGCCGAAAAUUUUAUCGAGAUGCUCCCUGUGUAUUCCCAGUCGAGGAUGAAAAUGAAACGAUACGAAACGAAGAAAAACAUACCAUAGUAAGACUUUUAUUUGAUGGAAAUUUCUCUGCGCCAAUCGAAGAUCGUUUAAAAGCUGGUGGAUUAAAAAUCCUGGACGUUGGAUGUGGCCCAGGAACGUGGAUAAUCGAAAUGGCCAAAACAUAUGCAUUAUGUUCAUUCACGGGUGUUGAUAUGUCCCCAAAUUAUUUCUCAAGAGCACUACCAGAAAAUGUUGAAUUAAUACAAGCCGAUAUACUUAAAGGUUUACCAAUCGAAAACGGUGAAUUCGAUUUUGUGGUCAUGCAUUUUUUAAAUGGCUGUUUCGCAAUACGACAAUGGGAAUCAAUAAUCAUUCCAGAAAUUGUUCGUGUUAUGAAACCUGGAGCAUGGCUUGAGUGGUUGGAGUGUGAUGCAGCUUUAAAAAAUCAAGGAGAAAAUACAAAAAAAAUGCUGCAAGCUCUCUUGUCGUUAGCAAAUUCGCGAGGUACAAAUCCAUGGCUAGUCGUAGAAAUUCCAGGAAUAUUAAAAAAUUCAGGGGUAUUGGUAAAUAUAAACACCGAAAUACGAGCAGUCAAAUAUUGUUCUCCUGGAAAAUGUGGUGAAUUAGCUAGAAAAGGAUUUAUAAGCUUAUUCCAAUUUAUGAAAAAUCAAACUAUGGAAUUUAUGAGUAUCACGUCUCACGAAUACGACCAGCUACUCGUCAAAGCAAACGAAGAGCUUGAACAAUAUCAAACGAUAAAUGAAUAUUAUCGGUUUAAUGCGCAACUAAUUGAUAAUGAUAGUGAAUAA